CAAUAGCCUCCUCCGUACACGGAAAUGUGAAGGAAAAAGAGGGAAUUUCAGUUUGUGUGACUUGCCUUGCUAAACCUGUUUUGUUGUUGUCUGAAAACGUGAAGACUGAGUGGACGUAGCUGACCUUUGCUGUGUGAAGACCGACAAUAGUUUGGCGUUUUUCCUGAACGUUUCACACGUCUCCUUCUUAGCUCUUACAUAACUUCACCAAGAUAAGAAGAAGCCCCAUGUUUCUGUGGCUGCCAGUGAUCCAGCUACAGCAAAAUGACUGAGCCUUUGCUAGAUGUCCAGGAGAAGCAGUUCUGGCUGGAAAAAGUGAUGGCAUGGGGCCAAGCUGACAGUCCAGACUCUCAGAAGGACAUCAGUCUGCACCUGAGAAGACUAAGCAGUUACCUCCAGCAACUGCUGACACACAUCAACAACAUGAGCUCCACAACAGAAUCCAUGAAGAGGCUGCCCUUCCUAGGCCAGUUUCUUGGCCGACUGUGCUGGAACACUUAUGUUACUGCUGAUGAUACAAGCAGAGGGUUGCUGUUCCAGUGUCUGUGGGGACUGUACUCACAGCAUCCAAGUAAUGCUUUGGAAAGAAAAGCCAACCAGUGGAUACGGAAUGUGUUACGUCAACUUGCCACAGAAGAAGAUGAUGCUGUGGCACAGGCGUUGAUGAAGCAUUUGGGUGUACCGUCUAAAGAGUAUCAUCUCAAAGUCCUGAGAAAGAUGGUGGCAUUGCUGCAGGAAAAGGUUGGAAAGAGCUGCAGCACUCUGGGUGACAUAAAUCAUAGGUGUUCAUGUGACAGCAUUCUUGCUACAUCAGAGGCAUGUGUCCCUCUGGUUACAUGUCCAGAGGCGGCUCCUCUCAUUGGUGUACUGCUGCAGCAGCCAGGGACUUGUGUCAAAGCAGCUCUCAGUGAAAAUUUCCUGGAUGCCCUGACCUCUGCCUACUCAAGCCAUGGUUUGUUAUUGGAAGAGCAGGCAGUCGUCUCUUUGUGGUGCCACAGUCUGUCCAGCCUGGAAGAGGCGGUGCUUAGUCUGCUGCAGUCUGUUCUUACCAACACAGGGUCAACACAACACAAGCUGGAGCAGCGGGUAUCACAGUCACUACUGCCUAAAGCCUGUGCUCAGCAUUACUCAAUAUUUUUGGUUGUAAAUGACAUCUUCAGGUCCACCCUUAUACAUGCUGAGGGAAACGAGUGUGUUAAGUCUCUUAUACAAACCUUUACCUGCUGUUUCCUAAAGGAACAGGCACUACUACAGCCUCAGAUGCGUGUACCUUUGAAGGUUUUCUUCCCACAGACUCCUCGGAGUCUGUUGAUUCCUCUGUUGACCCUGCCAUCAGAGAUCCCUCAGGAGGCUUGGCAACAUCACCUGAACUGGCUCAGCAGCUCAUUACAGAGACUGACUGAGGAAGAAGAGGAGGGAGACGAAAACGGCAGCAAUAGCACCAGUAGGGGGCACCAUAAAGUGUUUGAGUCCUGGUUCCUGCUGGUUCAGUGUGGCCACUGGGUGCAAGUGGCUGUUCAGCUACUGGGGACAAAAGGACUUGAGAACUGUGGCCCGCUUCUGUGGCUGCUCACCUUCUACUACCACCCAACCAACAGGGGGCACCAAAGAGCUGUACAGCUGGUGCGUACCAAAGAGGCGUGGAACCACCUCCGCUCUCUUCUCUCAACCUCUGCUCAUCCACCCUCUGUCGACCUCCUGCAGCCAUUGGUCACUCUGCUGUCACCACAACCUAAGCAGCCAUCAGCGUCUCCUCUAUCCAUCCUCAGCCUCCUCGUCAACGUUGCCGUUUUUUCCCAGCAGCCACUGAGCGAGUCAACACACAUUUUACAGACGGUGGUGGAUCGGUCUGGUCUGCUUAAAGAGGCGGCGUAUGUUCUCAGCUCACUGGAGCUCAGACUAAACGCAGGAAGCUGCUCAUCGAGCAACACUAACAGAGUUCAUGUCAGGAUCAAGGCACUGCAGAACACUCUGACACAUAUGAAUGCAGCAUGGUCCAUGGAGCCCUGCUGUGAACCAGACGCACACACACUGUAAAGGAGGAUCAUCUCCGUCACAACCCGGCGUGCCGAUUGGUCCAUUUCCUCCUGGACCAACGAGAGGCAGCGACGAGCCAGAGCCUGCUGCCCGGGAUCCUCGUGAACCAUCAGCUCACCGUACAGAUACACACCCAUGGCCUGGAACGCACACACACGACAACCAUGUACUUUUAUUUCUUCUGUUUUUUUUGUGAAACAGCAUGUGACGGGUGUAGUUUUCAUCGUGUAAAACGGAGGGGGGAAAAAGUGUGUAUUUACUUGGUCAUGAACCAGGAAGUGUUCCACGUCCCCAUAAGCCUGACCAUACCCAUGUUUGACCACAAGUUCACACCAGCGAUGUCUCACCUGAAGGACAAAAAAAAGAAUUAAUAAAAUCAAAGAAACACAUCUAA